GUCCUGGGACAGCCGCCGGGCCUCGCCGCCGAGCCUGAGCCUGGCCUCCACCGUGGGCAGCGGCUUCGGCCUCGGCGGUGCCAGCGCCCUGCCGCCGGCGCCCAGCUCGGCCCGCUCGUCGAGACCGCCGCCGUCGAGGGCGCUCGGCCCCGCGCAGGGCAGGGGCAAGGGCAGCGCCUACCCGCUGUCCGCGCGCGGGCCCCGCACCGCGGGGUCGCAGCUGGCCGAAGCCGGGCUGGGGCUGCUGUCGCAGGGGCCCCGGGGCGGCUCGUUGAGGCUCGGGUCCCUCGGCUCCGAGGCCUUCACGCUGGACCAGCAGGAAGCUGGACGCUUCGCCUGGGCGGCAGCCGGGUGCCCGCGCGCCGCUCCCCGGCGGAAGCGCGAGGGGCCGCGGGGCGGAGCGAGCCCGAGGAGGAGACGCGAAGCAGGUGGACCAGACGCCCGCGCACCUGGUGAACAUCCGCAAGCUGUACGAGGCUCCGGGCAGGCGGUCCGCUGA